CUUGUAUUGUCUGGGCUUAAAACCUGCUAAGUGAUACUUUAACGAGUCUAAUAAAGUAGUAAUAAUCUACUGUUGGACGGGUGGGUAACUGGGUGGUGUAUGAUAUGCUUGUGCCAAACAAUUAUCUACAUAUUUAGCUGAGAAAAGAAGUGGAAAAAGAAGAAGAUGGUGGCAGUAAAGGAGUUAAUAGAAGCCUUAAAAUUCAGUUGCACCAUUUCAUUUUGGAGAAUGUGUUUUCUGUGGACAUUCCCACUUAUCGUAUCUUAUAUAAGGUUGCUCACUCAAUACAUUUUUACCAACAAACCCAUAUAUAACCGUUGUGCUGUUGUACCUUUGCCCCCAUCAUCAUCAUCAUCGAAGUCAUCCGUCAGACGGUUACCGGUCUGCAUCAUCACUGGUGCGACAUCUGGCUUGGGUGCAGCAGCUGCUCUUGCUGUUUCAGAGGAAGGCUUCUUUGUGGUCCUUGCUGGAAGAUCUUUAGACAAACUGUCAAAGGUUAUGUCUGAGAUUAGAAAACAGAGCAAUGAGGCUCAUCUUGAAGCUUUUGAAGUUGACUUAUCAUCCUUUUCAUCAAUAAUGAGGUUUAAAGAAUCUCUUGAAAAGUGGCUUUUGGACUCAGAUAUGCAUCCUUCAAUUCAGCUCCUGAUAAAUAACGCCGGGAUACUUGCAACAACAAGUGGACUUACUGCUGAAGGCCAUGAUCGAAUGAUGGGGAUUAAUUACAUUGGGGCAUUCUCUCUGACAGAAGCUUUACUGCCACUCCUAAAGAACAGUCCAAUUCCUUCACGUAUAGUUAAUGUUACAUCCUUUACACAUCGGAAUGUGUCUAACUUUCAGGCAGAGAAAGAGACUGUUUCUGGCAAGCAUUAUUCAAAGUCUAAGCACUACCCAUGUGCUGAGAUCUAUGAGAACUCUAAAUUAUGCAUGUUACUUUUUGCAUAUGAACUCCAUAGACAACUUCACCUCACUGAAGGAUCUUAUCCAAUAUCAGUAAUGGCCGCGGAUCCUGGAGCAGUGAAAACCAACAUCAUGCGAGAAGUACCAUGUUAUAUCUCACAAGUUGCUUUUACUGCCCUGCAGUUUUUGGGCCUUCUGCAGUCACCUCAUAAUGGUAUCUCUUCAAUUCUAGAUGCAUCCCUUGCCCCUCCAGAAACAUCAGGGUUAUACUUUUUUGGUGGGAAUGGCAGGACUCUUGAUUCUUCGGCACUAUCAUACAACCUCAAGCUUUCAAGAGAACUGUGGGAUACCUCUUGUGAUAUAUUUCAAGAUUCAUUGUUGAAUUACAAUAGACUUUCUAGUAACGAAAAGGUUGAUUAGCUAAAGGGAAAAUGUGCUGCAUUUAGAUAUCAAUGUCUUGUGUAUUCAGUAUCACUUUGUAUGCAGACACUGUUUAUUUUGCUCAUAGGUCAAUAGCCUUUUUAACUUUUAUGUAAUGACCUUAUUGAAGCAAGUUUGCCGAUUUUGUAAUUACUUAAUGUUGGAUAUUUUAGUAUAAUUGGGUUAA